AUGUCUAUGCCAUUUGGAGCCUUUUACUUUGUUCAACGUCUUGGUUCAGUGCAAAUUCCCAUGAAUCGAGGCCAAUCUUCACUUGCCGGAUUUAUGGAUGAAUUAUGGAAUUUAAGGGCGUCUCUACGAAACCACAUUUGCACCCUUAAUGAGAUUGUGGAAAAAGUCGAUUCGUCUUUAUAUAACAUAGCUUUUUGUUCACCACGAGCUCGGGAAGAUGUGCCCCUUUACGAUGGAGUGUUAGUAACGCCACGAUUGCCAUAA